CUUUUUCAUCGGCAUAUAUGUAGAAGUUUCCAUUUUUAAAGCAACUCUGUUCUGAUCGGCAGUUCUAUGUUUUGUUCUCUCAAAUUUAGGGUUUUAUGUUAUUUCUAUAUCUGAACAAAGAAACCCCAGAUUCAGUUUCACUUUUGGUGUAGCUUUUCUGCUUCUGUAAAGAUUUAUUUUUUGGGUUUUGGAAUCUAAGGUAUUUUCAGUAACUGUUUUUGGAUUUCCCUCUUUAGAUUUCAUUUUCUAAGUGAAAAAUCUAAUCUUUGAGUUUCUCUUUUUGGGGGGAUUGAUUCAGAUUACUAAAAGUGUUUAACGCUUUGUUUUGGACAUUUGGAGCUUGUUAUGGAAAUGGGUUUGGGCUCUGUAUGCGGUACUUCUUCACUGAAGUUGAAGCAUGGUGGUGUGAAUGAGGAAGAAGAGUUAGGAUUAGGGUUAGGGUUUGUGAGAUUCAGUCGCGGGUUGGGGAGGAAAAGGGUUGGAAUAUCAAAUGAGGAGGAAUCUUUGCCUCUUGAUUCUGCAAUCAAUGUUCCAUUAUUGAAAAGGCAAUGCAGUGACAGAAUCAUGAUGAUGAUAAUUGAUGAUUACCACGAAAAAUCUGCUCUUGAAUCACUUCCCCAAGAUGUUCUUAUUAGGAUUAUUUGUGGUGUGGAUCAUGAAGAUUUGAAGCAACUUUUUAAUGUUUCUAAAUCAAUCAGAGAAGCCACUGUAAUUGCAAAGCAGUUGCAUUUUGCUUAUAGCACACCAAGAAAGACCAAGGCAUUUCGAACUUCAAUCGAUUUCGAAGAAUCAAGUGAGUUAGACGAGAUUGAACCUCCAAAUGCUCCGAGGCAGUGGCGGUCUCACAGGUCAAUCAACAGGAAAAAACUGGCUGAUAUUUCAGUGGCAUUGUUUGCUUGACACGGAGAAGAUUAACUUUUGUAAAUAGCUUGUUGUUGUAGAUUUAAAGGGGGUUGAUUAGUGGAUCUGCUUGUCGGAUCUUUGCACAUGGGUAAGAUUCUUGUCUGGCCAUUUCUUCAAAUGUUUCUUUGAAGAUUGUGUUUUUGGCUUGUUUGUAUCUUUGUGUACAUGAGAAAGAAAAGGAGAUUCCAGUUUCGGAUGCAUUUGUUUGGAGGGCUAUCUUGACCCUUCUGAUGUGAUAAAGUGGAGAUUUCAUGAGAGUGUACUACUGAUUUUGCAUGCUCUCUUUUAUGCUUAAUAAGAUAAGAAAUGUAGAAAUAUUUCUUCAUACGUUAA